AUGUCCAGUCUUAAUAACAAAAAACCUAGUAAUAUUAAUCAAAGUGUAACUAAUGGUGGUAGAAAAAAAUUACUAUUGAUGGGUCGCUCAGGUAGUGGUAAAUCAUCCAUGAGAUCGAUUAUCUUUAGCAAUUAUUCUGCCUUUGAUACAAGAAGGUUAGGUGCAACCAUUGAUGUGGAGCAUAGUCAUUUAAGAUUUUUAGGUAAUAUGACAUUAAAUUUAUGGGAUUGUGGGGGUCAAGAUGUUUUUAUGGAAAACUAUUUUCAACAGCAAAAAGACCAUAUUUUCCAAAUGGUUCAAGUAUUGAUCCAUGUUUUUGAUGUAGAAAGUACCGAAGUUUUAAAGGAUAUCGAAAUUUUCACUAGAGCUUUAACUUUGUUGAAAAAAUAUUCACCAGAUGCCAAAAUAUUUGUGCUAUUGCAUAAAAUGGAUUUAGUGCAGUUGGAUAAAAGACAAGAAUUAUUUCAAAUCAUGAUGAGUAAGUUAAGAGAUACUUCUACAGCAUAUGGAUUUCCUGAAAUUGUUGGUUUCCCAACUUCCAUUUGGGAUGAGAGUUUAUAUAAGGCCUGGUCUCAAAUAGUUUGUUCCUUAAUACCAAAUAUGACACAGUACCAGAAAAAUUGUAAAGAAAUUGCAAAUAUAAUGGAGUGCAGAGAACUAAUACUUUUUGAAAAAACCACAUUUCUAGUGGUGUGCUCUAAUGAAAUGAAAUUUAAUGGAGAUAAUAACACUAAUGGUUUAAUAUCGCAACAACAACAUAAUGGUUUGGAUCCUAAAAGGUUUGAAAAAAUAUCCAACAUAAUGAAAAAUUUUAAACAAAGUAGUGUCAAAAUGAAAAGUUCAUCUUUCAAAAGUUUAAUUAUGAGAAAUUCAGGGAUAUAUGUUUGUGAGUUGACUUCAAAUUUAAUGUGUUUUAUAGUUUUGAAAGAUCCAAGCCAGCAAGAACAAUUAGUUUUAAACAACAUUAAAAGAAUCCAAAAAUAUUUUUCAUAA